AUGCUUUUCCUAUCAAGUCUAUUCCUCACCACCCAUCUCGCCACCCUCAUCUUCGCCCGCUCGAUAGUCAGAACCCGCCGAUCCAAUCUAGAUACAUCUCAAGGCGUCCCCCAGUACGGCGUCGUGUGCGAGACCGUCAACGAAACGCGCCAUCUCCUCGACAAGAACUACAUCGACGCAGUCAUUUCCACCGGUGUGCAAAACUACAAGUACAAACUGCAGCAAAUAGGGUUAAACACAGCCUGGCCCAAGCAAUUCGAUCCCCUCUGGAUGGGUCUCGAUGGCAACGGCAACUCCUACACCCUAAACACACCGUCCGCCUCUCACUGCGACCUUUCAAAACCCGGUCUCCUUUACAUGCCGAUUUCGUACCCUGGCACCGUCGCUCCUGAUGUCGUCUCCACAAGCACCGACCAGCCGUCAGGCGGCAACGUAACCACAGACAUCGUAGUGUUCCAAGACCCCGACCCGACUACAGGGUAUUUGAAUGGGCAGUACUGCGGCAUUCUGACGAAUUCGGAUGGUCCGGCGUGUGGGGCGCUGUAUCGCAACAAAACACUGAACACGGCGCCGCAUGGGUAUCGGCAGUGUAACGACGCCGCGCACGACGAUGCGCCGGGUGCGACGGGCUUUGAAGUGGGAUGUUACUCGGGGAUCUAUGAUACCAAUGUGCAAAGACGGGGUAAUGGCGGAGGUGUUGGCGUUCAGAUCGGAGUUGAGGAAAAGCGCAAGGGCAAUCUUCUACGCGGUGAAGAAUAG